AUGCCGAGCUGGCACGACGGGUCGACGAGCUCAGAGAGGCUCCCUGAGUUCAAUGACAUCGACUAUGCUCCUGAUACUACUGAGGAACCUACAUUUCACGGAUUGGCCGUGGGAUCUGGUGAACGAUGCCGUGUCCACAACCUUGAGCCGGUGAGAUGUGUUGCCUUUGAAGGGCCGAACACUGGUCGUCGUUUCUACCUCUGCUCCAUUGAAAAUCAUGUUCUGAACUGUGGCUUCCAUGCAUGGGUAGAUAGUGAGUGGCCUGAGCCACUACAAAAUGCUUUGAAGAAACUAUGGGGAAUGUACUACUCUAGCAAUUCAGGUAGAAUUGAUGACAAGGUAGAGCAUGCCAGAUUUGUUGAGGAGCUUGCUGCAGAGAAAAACAAGAUUGAGAAGAAGUAUGCAAGCCUGCUAGUUGAUGUGAAGAAAUUUGCAGAAGAGACUGAAAAAAGAGUGGUGGAGAGAAAUUACAAGUUGAUAACUUCAGGAGCUGCUGAUGAAAUUAAUGAGCUAAAGAAGGAGGUUGCUUGA